CUCGGGGCAUGGCUGAGGCGAAACGAACGAGAAAAACGAACGAUACAGGCGUCAUUUUUGGCUUAUGCGUUCUUUGAUAAUCGUCUAUUUACUAAUUGGACGGCAAGCACGGGUAUCCAGAUCGCUUCGGAUAGCCGUGCGUUCAAGUUAUAAGGUCGAACUCCAGGCUUGACAUUUACCACUUAAACCCAGGCAAUAAUAACCCGUUAUAUAGCAUUCAAUUCUCCUCUCAACUCAACAACACCGACAGAAUUAAUCAAUAAUCUCAUCUAACAUCAGUAAAAUCUUCAAGAUGGGUUCUCAAUCAACUGAUGGCGGCCUUGGCCAAGAGUUCACUAGCCAUGUUAUUCAAGCCAUGGGCCCAAACACAACCCCCAGGAUGCGGACUGUCUUGUCUGCCCUCAUACAGCAUGUUCAUGACUUUGCGCGCGAGGUCAAUCUAACGACGGAGGAAUGGUUGGCGGGAGUGGAAAUGAUCAACUGGGCAGGCCAGAUGAGCAACAACAAGCGCAACGAGGGACAGCUGGUGUGCGAUGUCAUUGGCCUGGAAUCGCUUGUUGAUGAUAUCACAUACAGAGAAGCCAGCAAGACAGACAAGCCACCCACAUCGUCUGCCAUUCUCGGGCCCUUUUGGCGUGCUGACGCCCCAAUCCGAGAGAACGGCACCACUAUCACAUUCAACACCCCCAAGGAUGGCUUGGUAGCUUACAUGCAUGGCCAAGUGACGGACGCUGAGACGGGCAAACCCCUCCCAAACACUUCAGUGGAUGUUUGGCAGGCUUCAACAAAUGGACUGUAUGAGCAACAGGAUGAUGACCAGAUUGACUGCAAUCUGCGCGGCAAGUUCAUCACCGAUGCAGAGGGUCGAUACUCAUUUUACUGUCUCCGCCCGACACCAUAUCCCAUUCCUUUCGAUGGUCCUGCAGGAAAGUUGCUGAAGCUGAUGGAUCGCCACGAGUUCAGACCCGCACACAUCCAUCUCAUUGUUCAAACAGAAGGAUACAGCCCCUUGACUACUCAAAUAUUUGACAAGGAUUCCAAGUAUCUCGAAGAUGACAGCGUAUUUGCGGUAAAGGAUGGAUUGACUGUCGAGUUCAAGCCUCGUACGGGAGACUCACAAGCGGAAUGGGACUUGGAGUAUAAUGUGAAGCUAGCGAAGAAGAAUUAACGAUGAUAUGAAUGCAAGUUAUUUGGAUGAGAAUUAAGAUUGUAGCUUUAUACGUUUGUUUGUAUCUCUUCAUAUAGUAGCCAAUAUCCAUAUUAUGCAAUUUCC